AUGGGGGGGGGGGGGGGGGGGGGGGGGGGGGGGGGGGGGGGGGGGGGGGGGGGGGGGGGGGGGGGGGGGGGGGGGGGGGGGGGGGGGGGGGGAGGGGGGGGGGGGGGGGGGGGGGGGGGGGGGGGGGGGGGGGGGGGGGGGGGGGGGGGGGGGGGGGGGGGGGGGGGGGGGGGGGGGGGGGGGGGGGGGGGGGGGGGGGGGGGGGGGGGGGGGGGGGGGGGGGGGGGGGGGGGGGGGGGGGGGGGGGGGGGGGGGGGGGGGGGGGGGGGGGGGGGGGGGGGGGGGGGGGGGGGGGGGGGGGGGGGGGGGGGGGGGGGGGGGGGGGGGGGGGGGGGGGGGGGGGGGGGGGGGGGGGGGGGGGGGGGGGGGGGGGGGGGGGGGGGGGGGGGGGGGGGGGGGGGGGGGGGGGGGGGGGGGGGGGGGGGGGGGGGGGGGGGGGGGGGGGGGGGGGGGGGGGGGGGGGGGGGGGGGGGGGGGGGGGGGGGGGGGGGGGGGGGGGGGGGGGGGGGGGGGGGGGGGGGGGGGGGGGGGGGGGGGGGGGGGGGGGGGGGGGGGGGGGGGGGGGGGGGGGGGGGGGGGGGGGGGGGGGGGGGGGGGGGGGGGGGGGGGGGGGGGGGGGGGGGGGGGGGGGGGGGGGGGGGGGGGGGGGGGGGGGGGGGGGGGGGGGGGGGGGGGGGGGGGGGGGGGGGGGGGGGGGGGGGGGGGGGGGGGGGGGGGGGGGGGGGGGGGGGGGGGGGGGGGGGGGGGGGGGGGGGGGGGGGGGGGGGGGGGGGGGGGGGGGGGGGGGGGGGGGGGGGGGGGGGGGGGGGGGGGGGGGGGGGGGGGGGGGGGGGGGGGGGGGGGGGGGGGGGGGGGGGGGGGGGGGGGGGGGGGGGGGGGGGGGGGGGGGGGGGGGGGGGGGGGGGGGGGGGGGGGGGGGGGGGGGGGGGGGGGGGGGGGGGGGGGGGGGGGGGGGGGGGGGGGGGGGGGGGGGGGGGGGGGGGGGGGGGGGGGGGGGGGGGGGGGGGGGGGGGGGGGGGGGGGGGGGGGGGGGGGGGGGGGGGGGGGGGGGGGGGGGGGGGGGGGGGGGGGGGGGGGGGGGGGGGGGGGGGGGGGGGGGGGGGGGGGGGGGGGGGGGGGGGGGGGGGGGGGGGGGGGGGGGGGGGGGGGGGGGGGGGGGGGGGGGGGGGGGGGGGGGGGGGGGGGGGGGGGGGGGGGGGGGGGGGGGGGGGGGGGGGGGGGGGGGGGGGGGGGGGGGGGGGGGGGGGGGGGGGGGGGGGGGGGGGGGGGGGGGGGGGGGGGGGGGGGGGGGGGGGGGGGGGGGGGGGGGGGGGGGGGGGGGGGGGGGGGGGGGGGGGGGGGGGGGGGGGGGGGGGGGGGGGGGGGGGGGGGGGGGGGGGGGGGGGGGGGGGGGGGGGGGGGGGGGGGGGGGGGGGGGGGGGGGGGGGGGGGGGGGGGGGGGGGGGGGGGGGGGGGGGGGGGGGGGGGGGGGGGGGGGGGGGGGGGGGGGGGGGGGGGGGGGGGGGGGGGGGGGGGGGGGGGGGGGGGGGGGGGGGGGGGGGGGGGGGGGGGGGGGGGGGGGGGGGGGGGGGGGGGGGGGGGGGGGGGGGGGGGGGGGGGGGGGGGGGGGGGGGGGGGGGGGGGGGGGGGGGGGGGGGGGGGGGGGGGGGGGGGGGGGGGGGGGGGGGGGGGGGGGGGGGGGGGGGGGGGGGGGGGGGGGGGGGGGGGGGGGGGGGGGGGGGGGGGGGGGGGGGGGGGGGGGGGGGGGGGGGGGGGGGGGGGGGGGGGGGGGGGGGGGGGGGGGGGGGGGGGGGGGGGGGGGGGGGGGGGGGGGGGGGGGGGGGGGGGGGGGGGGGGGGGGGGGGGGGGGGGGGGGGGGGGGGGGGGGGGGGGGGGGGGGGGGGGGGGGGGGGGGGGGGGGGGGGGGGGGGGGGGGGGGGGGGGGGGGGGGGGGGGGGGGGGGGGGGGGGGGGGGGGGGGGGGGGGGGGGGGGGGGGGGGGGGGGGGGGGGGGGGGGGGGGGGGGGGGGGGGGGGGGGGGGGGGGGGGGGGGGGGGGGGGGGGGGGGGGGGGGGGGGGGGGGGGGGGGGGGGGGGGGGGGGGGGGGGGGGGGGGGGGGGGGGGGGGGGGGGGGGGGGGGGGGGGGGGGGGGGGGGGGGGGGGGGGGGGGGGGGGGGGGGGGGGGGGGGGGGGGGGGGGGGGGGGGGGGGGGGGGGGGGGGGGGGGGGGGGGGGGGGGGGGGGGGGGGGGGGGGGGGGGGGGGGGGGGGGGGGGGGGGGGGGGGGGGGGGGGGGGGGGGGGGGGGGGGGGGGGGGGGGGGGGGGGGGGGGGGGGGGGGGGGGGGGGGGGGGGGGGGGGGGGGGGGGGGGGGGGGGGGGGGGGGGGGGGGGGGGGGGGGGGGGGGGGGGGGGGGGGGGGGGGGGGGGGGGGGGGGGGGGGGGGGGGGGGGGGGGGGGGGGGGGGGGGGGGGGGGGGGGGGGGGGGGGGGGGGGGGGGGGGGGGGGGGGGGGGGGGGGGGGGGGGGGGGGGGGGGGGGGGGGGGGGGGGGGGGGGGGGGGGGGGGGGGGGGGGGGGGGGGGGGGGGGGGGGGGGGGGGGGGGGGGGGGGGGGGGGGGGGGGGGGGGGGGGGGGGGGGGGGGGGGGGGGGGGGGGGGGGGGGGGGGGGGGGGGGGGGGGGGGGGGGGGGGGGGGGGGGGGGGGGGGGGGGGGGGGGGGGGGGGGGGGGGGGGGGGGGGGGGGGGGGGGGGGGGGGGGGGGGGGGGGGGGGGGGGGGGGGGGGGGGGGGGGGGGGGGGGGGGGGGGGGGGGGGGGGGGGGGGGGGGGGGGGGGGGGGGGGGGGGGGGGGGGGGGGGGGGGGGGGGGGGGGGGGGGGGGGGGGGGGGGGGGGGGGGGGGGGGGGGGGGGGGGGGGGGGGGGGGGGGGGGGGGGGGGGGGGGGGGGGGGGGGGGGGGGGGGGGGGGGGGGGGGGGGGGGGGGGGGGGGGGGGGGGGGGGGGGGGGGGGGGGGGGGGGGGGGGGGGGGGGGGGGGGGGGGGGGGGGGGGGGGGGGGGGGGGGGGGGGGGGGGGGGGGGGGGGGGGGGGGGGGGGGGGGGGGGGGGGGGGGGGGGGGGGGGGGGGGGGGGGGGGGGGGGGGGGGGGGGGGGGGGGGGGGGGGGGGGGGGGGGGGGGGGGGGGGGGGGGGGGGGGGGGGGGGGGGGGGGGGGGGGGGGGGGGGGGGGGGGGGGGGGGGGGGGGGGGGGGGGGGGGGGGGGGGGGGGGGGGGGGGGGGGGGGGGGGGGGGGGGGGGGGGGGGGGGGGGGGGGGGGGGGGGGGGGGGGGGGGGGGGGGGGGGGGGGGGGGGGGGGGGGGGGGGGGGGGGGGGGGGGGGGGGGGGGGGGGGGGGGGGGGGGGGGGGGGGGGGGGGGGGGGGGGGGGGGGGGGGGGGGGGGGGGGGGGGGGGGGGGGGGGGGGGGGGGGGGGGGGGGGGGGGGGGGGGGGGGGGGGGGGGGGGGGGGGGGGGGGGGGGGGGGGGGGGGGGGGGGGGGGGGGGGGGGGGGGGGGGGGGGGGGGGGGGGGGGGGGGGGGGGGGGGGGGGGGGGGGGGGGGGGGGGGGGGGGGGGGGGGGGGGGGGGGGGGGGGGGGGGGGGGGGGGGGGGGGGGGGGGGGGGGGGGGGGGGGGGGGGGGGGGGGGGGGGGGGGGGGGGGGGGGGGGGGGGGGGGGGGGGGGGGGGGGGGGGGGGGGGGGGGGGGGGGGGGGGGGGGGGGGGGGGGGGGGGGGGGGGGGGGGGGGGGGGGGGGGGGGGGGGGGGGGGGGGGGGGGGGGGGGGGGGGGGGGGGGGGGGGGGGGGGGGGGGGGGGGGGGGGGGGGGGGGGGGGGGGGGGGGGGGGGGGGGGGGGGGGGGGGGGGGGGGGGGGGGGGGGGGGGGGGGGGGGGGGGGGGGGGGGGGGGGGGGGGGGGGGGGGGGGGGGGGGGGGGGGGGGGGGGGGGGGGGGGGGGGGGGGGGGGGGGGGGGGGGGGGGGGGGGGGGGGGGGGGGGGGGGGGGGGGGGGGGGGGGGGGGGGGGGGGGGGGGGGGGGGGGGGGGGGGGGGGGGGGGGGGGGGGGGGGGGGGGGGGGGGGGGGGGGGGGGGGGGGGGGGGGGGGGGGGGGGGGGGGGGGGGGGGGGGGGGGGGGGGGGGGGGGGGGGGGGGGGGGGGGGGGGGGGGGGGGGGGGGGGGGGGGGGGGGGGGGGGGGGGGGGGGGGGGGGGGGGGGGGGGGGGGGGGGGGGGGGGGGGGGGGGGGGGGGGGGGGGGGGGGGGGGGGGGGGGGGGGGGGGGGGGGGGGGGGGGGGGGGGGGGGGGGGGGGGGGGGGGGGGGGGGGGGGGGGGGGGGGGGGGGGGGGGGGGGGGGGGGGGGGGGGGGGGGGGGGGGGGGGGGGGGGGGGGGGGGGGGGGGGGGGGGGGGGGGGGGGGGGGGGGGGGGGGGGGGGGGGGGGGGGGGGGGGGGGGGGGGGGGGGGGGGGGGGGGGGGGGGGGGGGGGGGGGGGGGGGGGGGGGGGGGGGGGGGGGGGGGGGGGGGGGGGGGGGGGGGGGGGGGGGGGGGGGGGGGGGGGGGGGGGGGGGGGGGGGGGGGGGGGGGGGGGGGGGGGGGGGGGGGGGGGGGGGGGGGGGGGGGGGGGGGGGGGGGGGGGGGGGGGGGGGGGGGGGGGGGGGGGGGGGGGGGGGGGGGGGGGGGGGGGGGGGGGGGGGGGGGGGGGGGGGGGGGGGGGGGGGGGGGGGGGGGGGGGGGGGGGGGGGGGGGGGGGGGGGGGGGGGGGGGGGGGGGGGGGGGGGGGGGGGGGGGGGGGGGGGGGGGGGGGGGGGGGGGGGGGGGGGGGGGGGGGGGGGGGGGGGGGGGGGGGGGGGGGGGGGGGGGGGGGGGGGGGGGGGGGGGGGGGGGGGGGGGGGGGGGGGGGGGGGGGGGGGGGGGGGGGGGGGGGGGGGGGGGGGGGGGGGGGGGGGGGGGGGGGGGGGGGGGGGGGGGGGGGGGGGGGGGGGGGGGGGGGGGGGGGGGGGGGGGGGGGGGGGGGGGGGGGGGGGGGGGGGGGGGGGGGGGGGGGGGGGGGGGGGGGGGGGGGGGGGGGGGGGGGGGGGGGGGGGGGGGGGGGGGGGGGGGGGGGGGGGGGGGGGGGGGGGGGGGGGGGGGGGGGGGGGGGGGGGGGGGGGGGGGGGGGGGGGGGGGGGGGGGGGGGGGGGGGGGGGGGGGGGGGGGGGGGGGGGGGGGGGGGGGGGGGGGGGGGGGGGGGGGGGGGGGGGGGGGGGGGGGGGGGGGGGGGGGGGGGGGGGGGGGGGGGGGGGGGGGGGGGGGGGGGGGGGGGGGGGGGGGGGGGGGGGGGGGGGGGGGGGGGGGGGGGGGGGGGGGGGGGGGGGGGGGGGGGGGGGGGGGGGGGGGGGGGGGGGGGGGGGGGGGGGGGGGGGGGGGGGGGGGGGGGGGGGGGGGGGGGGGGGGGGGGGGGGGGGGGGGGGGGGGGGGGGGGGGGGGGGGGGGGGGGGGGGGGGGGGGGGGGGGGGGGGGGGGGGGGGGGGGGGGGGGGGGGGGGGGGGGGGGGGGGGGGGGGGGGGGGGGGGGGGGGGGGGGGGGGGGGGGGGGGGGGGGGGGGGGGGGGGGGGGGGGGGGGGGGGGGGGGGGGGGGGGGGGGGGGGGGGGGGGGGGGGGGGGGGGGGGGGGGGGGGGGGGGGGGGGGGGGGGGGGGGGGGGGGGGGGGGGGGGGGGGGGGGGGGGGGGGGGGGGGGGGGGGGGGGGGGGGGGGGGGGGGGGGGGGGGGGGGGGGGGGGGGGGGGGGGGGGGGGGGGGGGGGGGGGGGGGGGGGGGGGGGGGGGGGGGGGGGGGGGGGGGGGGGGGGGGGGGGGGGGGGGGGGGGGGGGGGGGGGGGGGGGGGGGGGGGGGGGGGGGGGGGGGGGGGGGGGGGGGGGGGGGGGGGGGGGGGGGGGGGGGGGGGGGGGGGGGGGGGGGGGGGGGGGGGGGGGGGGGGGGGGGGGGGGGGGGGGGGGGGGGGGGGGGGGGGGGGGGGGGGGGGGGGGGGGGGGGGGGGGGGGGGGGGGGGGGGGGGGGGGGGGGGGGGGGGGGGGGGGGGGGGGGGGGGGGGGGGGGGGGGGGGGGGGGGGGGGGGGGGGGGGGGGGGGGGGGGGGGGGGGGGGGGGGGGGGGGGGGGGGGGGGGGGGGGGGGGGGGGGGGGGGGGGGGGGGGGGGGGGGGGGGGGGGGGGGGGGGGGGGGGGGGGGGGGGGGGGGGGGGGGGGGGGGGGGGGGGGGGGGGGGGGGGGGGGGGGGGGGGGGGGGGGGGGGGGGGGGGGGGGGGGGGGGGGGGGGGGGGGGGGGGGGGGGGGGGGGGGGGGGGGGGGGGGGGGGGGGGGGGGGGGGGGGGGGGGGGGGGGGGGGGGGGGGGGGGGGGGGGGGGGGGGGGGGGGGGGGGGGGGGGGGGGGGGGGGGGGGGGGGGGGGGGGGGGGGGGGGGGGGGGGGGGGGGGGGGGGGGGGGGGGGGGGGGGGGGGGGGGGGGGGGGGGGGGGGGGGGGGGGGGGGGGGGGGGGGGGGGGGGGGGGGGGGGGGGGGGGGGGGGGGGGGGGGGGGGGGGGGGGGGGGGGGGGGGGGGGGGGGGGGGGGGGGGGGGGGGGGGGGGGGGGGGGGGGGGGGGGGGGGGGGGGGGGGGGGGGGGGGGGGGGGGGGGGGGGGGGGGGGGGGGGGGGGGGGGGGGGGGGGGGGGGGGGGGGGGGGGGGGGGGGGGGGGGGGGGGGGGGGGGGGGGGGGGGGGGGGGGGGGGGGGGGGGGGGGGGGGGGGGGGGGGGGGGGGGGGGGGGGGGGGGGGGGGGGGGGGGGGGGGGGGGGGGGGGGGGGGGGGGGGGGGGGGGGGGGGGGGGGGGGGGGGGGGGGGGGGGGGGGGGGGGGGGGGGGGGGGGGGGGGGGGGGGGGGGGGGGGGGGGGGGGGGGGGGGGGGGGGGGGGGGGGGGGGGGGGGGGGGGGGGGGGGGGGGGGGGGGGGGGGGGGGGGGGGGGGGGGGGGGGGGGGGGGGGGGGGGGGGGGGGGGGGGGGGGGGGGGGGGGGGGGGGGGGGGGGGGGGGGGGGGGGGGGGGGGGGGGGGGGGGGGGGGGGGGGGGGGGGGGGGGGGGGGGGGGGGGGGGGGGGGGGGGGGGGGGGGGGGGGGGGGGGGGGGGGGGGGGGGGGGGGGGGGGGGGGGGGGGGGGGGGGGGGGGGGGGGGGGGGGGGGGGGGGGGGGGGGGGGGGGGGGGGGGGGGGGGGGGGGGGGGGGGGGGGGGGGGGGGGGGGGGGGGGGGGGGGGGGGGGGGGGGGGGGGGGGGGGGGGGGGGGGGGGGGGGGGGGGGGGGGGGGGGGGGGGGGGGGGGGGGGGGGGGGGGGGGGGGGGGGGGGGGGGGGGGGGGGGGGGGGGGGGGGGGGGGGGGGGGGGGGGGGGGGGGGGGGGGGGGGGGGGGGGGGGGGGGGGGGGGGGGGGGGGGGGGGGGGGGGGGGGGGGGGGGGGGGGGGGGGGGGGGGGGGGGGGGGGGGGGGGGGGGGGGGGGGGGGGGGGGGGGGGGGGGGGGGGGGGGGGGGGGGGGGGGGGGGGGGGGGGGGGGGGGGGGGGGGGGGGGGGGGGGGGGGGGGGGGGGGGGGGGGGGGGGGGGGGGGGGGGGGGGGGGGGGGGGGGGGGGGGGGGGGGGGGGGGGGGGGGGGGGGGGGGGGGGGGGGGGGGGGGGGGGGGGGGGGGGGGGGGGGGGGGGGGGGGGGGGGGGGGGGGGGGGGGGGGGGGGGGGGGGGGGGGGGGGGGGGGGGGGGGGGGGGGGGGGGGGGGGGGGGGGGGGGGGGGGGGGGGGGGGGGGGGGGGGGGGGGGGGGGGGGGGGGGGGGGGGGGGGGGGGGGGGGGGGGGGGGGGGGGGGGGGGGGGGGGGGGGGGGGGGGGGGGGGGGGGGGGGGGGGGGGGGGGGGGGGGGGGGGGGGGGGGGGGGGGGGGGGGGGGGGGGGGGGGGGGGGGGGGGGGGGGGGGGGGGGGGGGGGGGGGGGGGGGGGGGGGGGGGGGGGGGGGGGGGGGGGGGGGGGGGGGGGGGGGGGGGGGGGGGGGGGGGGGGGGGGGGGGGGGGGGGGGGGGGGGGGGGGGGGGGGGGGGGGGGGGGGGGGGGGGGGGGGGGGGGGGGGGGGGGGGGGGGGGGGGGGGGGGGGGGGGGGGGGGGGGGGGGGGGGGGGGGGGGGGGGGGGGGGGGGGGGGGGGGGGGGGGGGGGGGGGGGGGGGGGGGGGGGGGGGGGGGGGGGGGGGGGGGGGGGGGGGGGGGGGGGGGGGGGGGGGGGGGGGGGGGGGGGGGGGGGGGGGGGGGGGGGGGGGGGGGGGGGGGGGGGGGGGGGGGGGGGGGGGGGGGGGGGGGGGGGGGGGGGGGGGGGGGGGGGGGGGGGGGGGGGGGGGGGGGGGGGGGGGGGGGGGGGGGGGGGGGGGGGGGGGGGGGGGGGGGGGGGGGGGGGGGGGGGGGGGGGGGGGGGGGGGGGGGGGGGGGGGGGGGGGGGGGGGGGGGGGGGGGGGGGGGGGGGGGGGGGGGGGGGGGGGGGGGGGGGGGGGGGGGGGGGGGGGGGGGGGGGGGGGGGGGGGGGGGGGGGGGGGGGGGGGGGGGGGGGGGGGGGGGGGGGGGGGGGGGGGGGGGGGGGGGGGGGGGGGGGGGGGGGGGGGGGGGGGGGGGGGGGGGGGGGGGGGGGGGGGGGGGGGGGGGGGGGGGGGGGGGGGGGGGGGGGGGGGGGGGGGGGGGGGGGGGGGGGGGGGGGGGGGGGGGGGGGGGGGGGGGGGGGGGGGGGGGGGGGGGGGGGGGGGGGGGGGGGGGGGGGGGGGGGGGGGGGGGGGGGGGGGGGGGGGGGGGGGGGGGGGGGGGGGGGGGGGGGGGGGGGGGGGGGGGGGGGGGGGGGGGGGGGGGGGGGGGGGGGGGGGGGGGGGGGGGGGGGGGGGGGGGGGGGGGGGGGGGGGGGGGGGGGGGGGGGGGGGGGGGGGGGGGGGGGGGGGGGGGGGGGGGGGGGGGGGGGGGGGGGGGGGGGGGGGGGGGGGGGGGGGGGGGGGGGGGGGGGGGGGGGGGGGGGGGGGGGGGGGGGGGGGGGGGGGGGGGGGGGGGGGGGGGGGGGGGGGGGGGGGGGGGGGGGGGGGGGGGGGGGGGGGGGGGGGGGGGGGGGGGGGGGGGGGGGGGGGGGGGGGGGGGGGGGGGGGGGGGGGGGGGGGGGGGGGGGGGGGGGGGGGGGGGGGGGGGGGGGGGGGGGGGGGGGGGGGGGGGGGGGGGGGGGGGGGGGGGGGGGGGGGGGGGGGGGGGGGGGGGGGGGGGGGGGGGGGGGGGGGGGGGGGGGGGGGGGGGGGGGGGGGGGGGGGGGGGGGGGGGGGGGGGGGGGGGGGGGGGGGGGGGGGGGGGGGGGGGGGGGGGGGGGGGGGGGGGGGGGGGGGGGGGGGGGGGGGGGGGGGGGGGGGGGGGGGGGGGGGGGGGGGGGGGGGGGGGGGGGGGGGGGGGGGGGGGGGGGGGGGGGGGGGGGGGGGGGGGGGGGGGGGGGGGGGGGGGGGGGGGGGGGGGGGGGGGGGGGGGGGGGGGGGGGGGGGGGGGGGGGGGGGGGGGGGGGGGGGGGGGGGGGGGGGGGGGGGGGGGGGGGGGGGGGGGGGGGGGGGGGGGGGGGGGGGGGGGGGGGGGGGGGGGGGGGGGGGGGGGGGGGGGGGGGGGGGGGGGGGGGGGGGGGGGGGGGGGGGGGGGGGGGGGGGGGGGGGGGGGGGGGGGGGGGGGGGGGGGGGGGGGGGGGGGGGGGGGGGGGGGGGGGGGGGGGGGGGGGGGGGGGGGGGGGGGGGGGGGGGGGGGGGGGGGGGGGGGGGGGGGGGGGGGGGGGGGGGGGGGGGGGGGGGGGGGGGGGGGGGGGGGGGGGGGGGGGGGGGGGGGGGGGGGGGGGGGGGGGGGGGGGGGGGGGGGGGGGGGGGGGGGGGGGGGGGGGGGGGGGGGGGGGGGGGGGGGGGGGGGGGGGGGGGGGGGGGGGGGGGGGGGGGGGGGGGGGGGGGGGGGGGGGGGGGGGGGGGGGGGGGGGGGGGGGGGGGGGGG